UCCCGUCUGUCGUAUCUACCAUCCCGUUGCCCGGCCCAUUCUAUACUCAGCCUGAGAUCAUAGCUACUCGGCUGUCACCCAAAGAUCCGGUUCCCUACGAUGCAGCACAACUGAGCUAGUCACAAGGAUCAAGGAUCAACCUGAAGCUUUCCCAACGUCGAACAACCUUCUCAGCGUCUCAGCAUUCUCUGCCUUUUUACUAGCUACCGAGGAUGCCCGCUCCUCCUGGAGAAGCUAGUAGGAAUGCUAUGGUCGUCAAUACCGAGGUGGAUUACAGGGACGAGGACGUUUUGACCCAGACAGAUAUCGGACAUGGUGCAGGAGGUUCGAGCAAUGGGAGCAAAGCUAGGGCGAAGGAACAGCGAGAGCGGCUCGACCUCCUGACCCAACGAACUCAACUCCAGAUCAAGCUCGAGCGGAUAGAGAAGACUAACCAAAUCUUAUCCCGUCAGAAUACCUACCUAUCGUCCCUACUGCCGAGGCAUCAUCAGCAGCAUCUCACCCUGGAAAGCGACCAUGAUGACCCAUCUUCUUCAUCUAAAUCCACCUCCUCUCUCAAGCCCGCGCCUGCUCCUACGAUCACCCAGCUGCAAGUCGAGAUCGUCGACCUCAAGAGGGAGAACAAUGCGUUGCGAUAUACGUUUUUCGGCGAGACCCCUUCCGUCAACGCAGCACAUCUGAAGGACUCGGAAGGUCCCCAAUCUGUAGGACAGAGAGUCAAGCAGCAAGAAGAACCCGUCCCCACACCUGUUGCGCUCCCAACGGUCGAGCAGGGGUUGAAAAUAGCAGGACAACCUCCGACCUCGCUCGCAACACCAAAGCCGAAUCCGAACUCGAGAGUCGACCUGCGAGCAGUGCUCCAACGGGUGAAAGAUCUAUAUGCGGAGAACAUUGAGUUGGCGGGUCUGUUAGUUGGGGAAUCUUCAAGUGGUUCGGGGAAGGAAGAUAACAGAGAGGAAGGUCGAUGGGCAGAGGUUGUGCGAGAAUCGCGGGUGAUGAUCUCCUCUUUAGACGCCGACCUGGAGACCCAUUCGCAAGAGAUCGUCUCGCUUCGUUCUCGGGUCAAGGAGAGGUCGAUCCAUGUCCAGGUCAAGGUCCAGCAUCACGGAGGAGCAGGUCCGAUAGCCGGGUGUCUCCCUCGAGAUCUCGCUCGAGGCAUAGGGACAGAUCGGCAUCCCCACGGAACUCGGCUUAUCGCAGAGAUUCUCGGUCUGAUCGACGCAGAAACUCCAGUCCCGGUCGAUCCCCUAGUCCACGUCGACGAACCCCUGAGGGGUCCCAAAGAGCCAGACGCGAGAUCGAUUCUCGUUCGGCAGCAGUUCCUCCGCCUAGAUCCAAUGCUGGUGGUCCGAAUUGGAGAACUGCGCAUGGGAUCUCGGGAGACGAAGAUCUAUCUCGAGACUCGAUCAAGCAGACUUCCACAAACGCAAAAUCGGGUCCAGCUCCUGUUGCAGGGGGUUUCAGUAUCCUGGGUGCAAGUGCCCGAUCUGCACCUCGAGAGCUGUUACCGCCUUCCCCGCGCCGAGAAGAUCGAGAUCCACCUUCGAGUCCUCGUUCUCCAGGAUACGGUCGUACGGGUAACAGGCGCGGCGAUAGUCGCAAUCAAGGGUCGAGAGGCGGGGGAAGAGGUCGGGGCGGUCGUUCGCGUUCCCCUCGACGGGAUGAAGUCCGGGAUGGUCGCGAUCGGUCCAGGCAAAGACAGCCACAAGGGAGAUGGAGGGAGGAGGAUCGAUAUCGACCUGAACCUGGAAGACGGCCGAGUAUCAACGAAAGGUUGGAUGCGCCUUUACCGGAAGGACGAAACGGACGAAGGAGGGGAGGACGACAUUCCAGGCCUAGACGUUGAAGAGACGGAGAUGUUUGGUGAUGAAGAUCAGACAAGAAACGACAUUUUAACGAUUAUGCCACUGUACGAGGAUGAUAUGACCAUUACGCGAUACUACUCGCACUCGGGUUUGAAACGGCUCCACUCGGUACGGUCAGCGCAUGGGCACCGCCAGAUCAGGAUCAAACAGCAUUGGAUGUCCUUACCUCCGUCAUCUAUUCCUGUUUGA